AUGAGCGUGCGCAAGGCGCACAACGCCGGACGUAACCACCUCAGAAACGUUCUGGAAUACUACCAACAAAUCGGACAAGAAAAGGCGCAAUCGGUCAUCGAUUCCAUCACCUCGUCUUACGCCGCCGAAGGCCAGGCUGUCCCGAACCCCGCGAUGGCUCCUCCGGGAGCUUACCCUCCUCCAUUUGGCUUCCCUGGUCGACCAGGUCAACUCCCUCCCCCUCCGUUCGGAAUGCCUCCUCUGGGCGCACCCGGCGCACCGGGCAUGCCUCCUCCCCCCGGAGCAAGAGGCCUCCCCUUCCCCCCUCCCUUCCCCGGUCCAGCAGGCGCUGCCCCUCCUGCCGGUCUCCCUCCUCUCCCCAACAUGCCCCCGGGCGCCCAGGGCUUCCCUCCUCCGCCUGGCGGAUUCCCUCCUAACUUCCCGACUCCUCCCCCCGGUGCUGCUGCUGCCGGGUUCCCCCCGAUCCCUCCUCCAGGUCAAGCCCCAGCAGGAUACAGCCCCAGUCCUACACCCGGUAUAGCCGGACCGCCGGGACAGGAUGGUGGUUACGCACCACCGCCCGGUAUGGGCGCCGGGUUGCCUGGUCCGCCUCCGGGAUUGGGUGAUAAACGGUGA